AUGAGUUCGAUAUAUACUUUGCUAAGCGCAAAUGUUCAAAGAAUUUUAACACAUUAUAAAUCAACAAAGUGUUAUAAUUAUUAUAGGAAUUUAUCAUCAAGAGACUUCCUAAACGACGUUUAUUGUCGGACCAAGUUGAAAUGUAAAUCUAAAAAACUUCCUCAAGAUGUUAACCCGCGAGGUGUUUUUGCUUGUAAUGAGUUGGAUUUGUCUGAAGUUCAAGUAUAUGGCUUCGAUUACGACUACACUUUGGCCCACUACAAACCAUCUUUAGAACAUUUAUUAUACAAACUCGGGAGAGAUAUGCUCGUUGAAAAAUAUAAGUAUCCAGCAGAAAUUUCGAAGUUAGAGUAUAAACCUCAUUUUGCUGUAAGGGGAUUACACUAUGACAUAGAAAAGGGAUUGCUUUUAAAAUUAGACUCAUUCCUACAAAUUCAAUUUGGUGCUGUGUACAGAGGUCUAACACCAGUAUCAACAGAGGAAGUCCUUAAAUUAUACAAAAAUAGGAUUAUACCAAUAGCAUAUGUAGAAGAUGACACUAGAGUACAUAAGGAAAAUCGUUCGAAAAUGGUACAUUUGGCGGACCUUUUCUCUGUACCUGAAAUGGGACUACUUUGUAAUGUGGCAGAACAUUUCAUCAGGAAUCACAUUGACUAUCACCCAGAAAUCCUCUUCUUGGAUGUGAAGAAUUCCGUGCAAAGCUGUCAUCCCAUAAUGCAUAAGAUUGUCGCGCAGAAUCUGGAAGAGUAUAUUCGGCCAAAUACAGAUUUAAAAAAAUAUUUCAAACUGUUACAGGAAAAUGAUAAAAAGUUGUUUCUUGUAACAAACAGUCCUUAUCACUUUGUUAACGCUGGCAUGGAAAUGUUGGUUGGCCAUGACUGGCGGGAGUACUUUGACGUCGUUAUAGUAAAUGCGAACAAGCCGAAAUUCUUCACUGAAGUCUCACGACCUAUACGUGUUUUCGAUAAAAAUGCCAACACUCAUAUUUGGGAAAAAGUUACGUCAUUGGAAAAGGGUACUAUUUAUUACGAGGGUACGGUUAAACAACUACAAGACCUGACUGGCUGGAGUGGUCAUCAAGUGUUGUAUUUCGGCGACCAUCCGUACAGUGAUUUGGCCGAUGUAACUCUUGAGCAUGGUUGGCGUACUGGAGCCAUUAUAAAUGAGUUAACGCACGAAAUCAACACUCUGAAUACGAGGACAUUCAAGGAGAAUGCCAACUGGCUGCAAAUGUUGACACAGUUGAUUGAAGAUCACCAGGGUUACAAGGAUCCUGAAGCACUCGAGGUUAUCUCCGAAUGGAUGGACGAGCGGGAUAUGCUGAGGAAUGCCACAAAAGGAGUGUUUAACAAACAGUUUGGUAGCGUUUUUCGCACCUACCACAACCCCACUUAUUUUUCCCGAAGGUUGUUCAGGUUUGCCGACAUUUACACUUCAAACAUAAGGAAUUUGCUCAACUACUCGCUUACACAUACCUUUUAUCCCCGCCGAGGUGUAAUGCCACACGAAUAUGGAUCGUAUUUUGUAUAA